AAGCUGUUAAGUUAUAGGAGAACAAUGCUGACAAAUGACAACUAUCUAUAAAUAGGCUGAGAUUAAUUUACAGUGCACUUCAUCACUUGUGAUCUGUUAUAGAAUUCUCACAAGCAAAACGAAGUUUUAAUUCAAAAAAACUUAAGUUGUUUGGAUCCAAAAUGGAUUUUUGCCUCCUCACAAUUAUCUUAGUCACCGUUGGUUUCAUUUUUCCUUUUGGUUCUUCCUUUGAUCCUAGCCCUUUUCAGGACUUCUGUAUUGCAGUUAGUGACUCCAAGUCUGCAGUAUUCGUGAAUGGAAAAUUAUGCAAAGAUCCAAAACUCGCGACAGCAGAUGAUUUCUUUCUUCCAGGACUUAACAUUAGUGGAAAUCCAUUACCAGGAAUGGGAUCAGCUGUAAAUGUGGUAGAUGUAAAUAGACUUGGAGGACUUAACACUCUUGGCAUUUCUAUUCUUCGCGCAGAUUUUUCACCGUUUGGCCUUAUACCACCGCACACACACCCUCGUGGUACUGAGAUUAUUGUUGUUUUAGAAGGUACUCUUUAUGUUGGAUUUUUGGCUCCUGACACUGUUAAUCCAUUAAAAACUCGUUCUUUUACCAAAAUAUUGAAUCCAGGAGAUGUAUUUGUGUUUCCACAAGGACUUAUUCACUUUCAGUAUAAUGUUGGACAUGCUAAUGCAACUGUUUUUGGUGCUUUGAAUAGUCAGAAUCCUGGGCUUAUUGUGGUUGCUAGUGAACUCUUUGGAUCAAAUCCACCUCUUGUUGAAGAUGUUCUUUCCAAAGCCUUCCAAUUGGAUAAGAAAAUGGUGGAACAACUUCAAGGAUUAUUCUCCUAGAUCAAACAACGGACAGUCGAUGUACAAGUCAUCUUGCUUUCACGCAGGGUUCGAGAAAGGAUCGCACCCAAGAAAUAACAUUAAGAAAUAGCUGUGUUAGAAAAAUAAGUAGUACGUGCUAGUUUAUUAAAAAAGUGUGAGUUCAUUGGUUGUUUUAUGAUAUGUUUUAUUGUCAAUUUUGUGAUGUUUGAGAGACUUUAUACAGCUUUGUGUGGGUGAUAGAGAUAACUUAUAAAGGGAAGAAUAUAAUGGUCAGGUGAGAACUGGAAUAAUGUCCUUGAUGUUACUUUGAUACCAUCCUUUGUCCUUGGCAUUUGAACUUUGAAUAUUGAAAUCAUAGUUAAAUAUUACUCCCUC